AUGUAUGCCAAAUCACUAGCCUUGGCCUCGGCCGUGGCUUUGGCUGCUUCUGUCGUCGCUGCCCAGCCAGAGCACCCACGCAUCUACUUUCCACGAGAGAUCAAGCGAGAGUACCACAACUCUACCAUCACGAGUAAGGUUUCAUCAUCCACGCCUCAUGUCACGACGACGACGACGACGACGACCUCUUCAUCUUCGACCAGGCGGGAUUUGUUAAGCGACCUCAUCUCCGAGAUUCUUGGUUCAGAUUCACCACAAAAGUCGAGCACAACAGAGAAACCCCCUGUUCCCACAGUUGCUGUUGACAGCACCCUUACUCCAGGCGGCUCGUCCGGAUCUGGGUUGCCCAAGGAGACCGUUUUGCCCACUUCAAAGAUCAAUGAGUCUAAAACAAGUUCAAGCACGCGUGCAAGACCCUCGACCGAGCCUGGUAUUGUCAUUGGUCCUACGGGGAUUGUAUCGUCCACGAGCGAGCCUAAGACGACCGUCGAGCCUUCAAAGAAGACGACCGUCGACUCUCCCAAGGUGACAUCUGUCGACGCCUCUGCCAGCAACAGCACUGUGCCUGAAACCAACCCUCCCACACCUGCUACUGCGAAGGAUCCUAUUCCAACGGGCGAGCCACCUAAGCAAACAUCCGUCGAUCCAGCUGUCACCAACAAUACAACACCGGAGACCAAACCUACCACGCCUAUUACCGUGGACAAGCCUACAAAGACAGGCGAACCUGCCAGCAAGUCUACUACUGUUGAUACGCUUGUUGGCAACAAUACCGUGUCGGACACGACCCCGACUACCACAAGCGGUGGCAUAUUGGAUCCUAUCGGGACACUGCUUAGCAGCCUUUUGCCAGGCUCCUCGAGCGCGAGCACGAAGACAAACUCACCUGAGCAAACUGGCACUUCAAUAUCGAGCACAAGCACGAGCUCUCCUGAGCAGCCCAUCCCACAGAAUUCUACCACGCAAGCUGCCCCGACCACAGAGCCUUCCACAGGUCUUCUGCCUUCCUUGACUUCUUUGCUUCCUCUUCCAGGUUCAACGACGACCACAUCUGGUUCUGGAUCGCUCCCUAACGCUACUUCGACUGAAGUCCCUGUAACUGCCACUUCGUCAUCGUCUGGUUCGAUCAUCACGAACUCCCCAACUGCAAGCACAACGGACGUUCCCAUCGGCAACAGCACUUCGACCAGCUCCGGAACCGUCUCUAGUGCUCCUACUAGUGCCCCUACUGCGACUGAUGUUCCUAUUACCAACGGUACCAUUUCUGGGCCUCCUACAGGCACUGCUACGUCAGUGCCGACCACGCCAAUUUCCGUACCGAAUGACAACUCAACCGUUAUUGUGGGCCCGACGACUACUUCCAAUAUCGACACAGUUGUUCCUACGACAAAGUCCGAUUUUACAAGUACUGUCGUACCAUCGACGACCAGCGGAGUAGAGGUGACGAGCAUUCGACCCACUGCCACAUUGCCAAGCACAGACAACUGGCUGCCGACCACUGUUAUUAUCGAGCCCACGACUUUCUCGUUCUCAUCGCCUACUUCAAACCCGACUGAAACCUCGUUGCAGGCUCUGCCGUCCACCGUACCUAGAGUUAUUCGACCUGAUACUGAUGGUGAUAAAAAACCGCCUGUACUCGAGGGCGCCGUUCCUAUUCAUAUCGCCUUCAAUUACACCCUCCACUACCUCUUUCUUGCUAAUGAUACCAUGGCCGCCUCUCAGAUCUUCAAGUACUUGCCAGAUGUUCUCUCCAGUGCUUGCGGGCUUCCCGCUGACCAGUUGCCUGUCACGGAGCUGGCUCCUUACAACACACUGGCCACGAGAGGCUUCGUCACCACUCUUGCCAGGAUGAACUACACAAAGGCUCUACUUCCAGCUCUAGCAGCCAACCUGAAAACACCCUCCUCAGCUAUCUACCAAAAUCGCGACCCAGUUCUACAUCAAUUUGCAAGCUACAUUGAUUCUACCAUUUCUCCCACUGGUGACCUCAAUGAUGGUUCUUCAACCGAUAACGGGGGUCCCGGCUCCGGCAACGACGGCAACAGCAACAACAACAAUGGCAACAGCAAUGACGCCUUCGGCUCUGGUAACCAGGGCGAUCAAACUCCCAAACAGAAGGCUACCACUGCCGGCAUUGCUGUUGCGGCUGUAGGCUUUUGUGCCUUGUACGGUGCUGCCAUGUUCAUUGUCGCUCGACGUUACAAGCGCAAGCGACAGGGCCACCGUCGAGCCAGUUCCAUCGUUAGCGGCCAAGGUUCGCCUGAGAUGAGGUACAACGACAAUGCUAGCCCUGCUCUCAUGGGUGGCGCUCUCUUGAGCCGUGAUGGUUCAACGUAUGGUGGCACUGGAGGUCGGGAUUCACACGCCAGUGGUGGCCACUCUGGACGCACCGCCAAUAUCUCCGCUCCUGUCGCUACGGAGAACUCUCUGGGCUGGAACUGA